AUGCUGAGCCGCUGUGUUGCGAAAACUUUGACGGGACCGCGUGUGGGCUCAACUGGCAUUUUAGCUGCACGGCGGCUAAGUACCUCGAUGACGUGUCAGAAACAAGGAUUGCUCCUGGGAGUAUACCAGGAGAAAGAGAAGGAUGCGCACUUUGUUCUCACGCCUGCAGCGGAGCAGUUUGCUGGCACUGUCGGCGCCAAGUUUACAGACAUGCUCAAUUUGACCAAGGGUUCCUUUAGGAAAGGAGAAACAAGAGUAUUCUAUGGACUGAAUGAGAAGUACCCGUUCACCUCCGUAGUCCAUCUCGGACCCAGGAAACCCGAAGGAGCAAAACUCCAUGACCUCGACGAGGUGGCUGAAAGCGUUCGUGGUGCCGUCGCCGCUGGGGUACGAAGCUUGAGAUCGGUCGGCGCCACCAGCAUCGAAGUUGAUCCCUGCGCCAAUCCGGAAGCUGCGGCCGAGGGAUCCAAUUUGGCACUUUUUGUGUACCAAGACCUAAAGAAAAAAGAGUCACGUAUGCCACCCGUCUCGUUGUCCCUUUUUGGAGGUCACGACACUGACAGGUGGCAGCGCGGUCUCACGACGUCCGAGGCCCAGAAUUUUGCGCGGUGGCUAAUGGAAACGCCAGCCAACCACAUGACGCCGACGCGGUUCGCAGGAGCUGCCGCCGAGACAUUGGAGAAGAAGGGCGUCAAGGUUAUCCCCAGGGACAAGAAGUGGAUCGAGGAGCAGAAGAUGGGGUCCUUCCUGAGUGUCACCAGGGGCUCUGACGAAGCGCCCGUGUUUCUGGAGCUGCACUAUGAGGGCGCCAAGGACGAGCAGCAGCCUCUGGCUCUCGUCGGCAAGGGCGUCACCUUCGACAGUGGAGGUAUCUCGCUGAAGCCGAGUGUCAACAUGGACAGCAUGCGCGGGGACAUGGGGGGCGGGGCCUGCGUCGUGGGCGCCUUCUCGGCAAUCGCAUCGCUCGGUGUUCCCACCAAUAUAGUCGGACUAAUCCCUCUCUGUGAGAAUAUGCCAAGUGGGAAAGCAACCAAGCCAGGAGAUGUGGUGACUGCCAUGAACGGAACUACCAUCCAGGUGGAUAACACGGACGCAGAAGGCCGUCUGAUCCUGGCUGACGCGCUCUGCUAUUCUGCCAACUUCAACCCGAAGGCUGUGGUUGACAUUGCAACCCUCACCGGUUCUAUGAUAGUGGCACUGGGUGCCGGGGCAGCCGGGGCCUUCUGCUCCUCCGACGCUCUCUGGACCUUGCUGCAUGAGGCGGGAAUGACCAGUGGUGACCGACUCUGGCGCAUGCCUUUGCUGGAGGUUUACCGCAAGGACAUCAUGAAGACUGCCCUCGCCGACCUCAACAACAUAGGCAAGCCUGUGCCCGCCGCCUCAGCAUGCACCCCGGCUGCCUUUCUCAAGGAAUUCGUGAAAGCUGAACACUGGGCUCACUUGGACAUUGCCGGGGUCAUGCAAAACACGGACGAGGUUCCCUAUCUUGGCGUCGGAAUGACAGGACGGCCAGUUCGCACCUUGGUGGAGUUUGCAGAGAGACUGUCGAAGUUACAGAGCCUUUCAUAG